AUGGAGGCAACUGGUGAUAUUUGGGAAGAUAUUGAACGUUCUGAGAGCUACCUCGUCUGCUCUAUGUAUGAAGAGGCAGAGUCACUAUCCUCCACCAUACUGAAACAAGUACUUGGCAACGUUGAGGAAGCUCUUGGUGAUCAGUUUCAUGACAUGUUGGAAUCUGCUGGCAUGGUUUUAGUCCAAUCGUUGCUUGGACUCGGCAGGACAGGUGAGAUUGUAAAUGAGCUAAAACUAGUGUUUGGCGAAGUUGCAGCUAUCCCUCUUCAAGUUCUUCUCACUGGAAUAUGCCUUCAAAUAUCAAACGGUUCCUACUCGGGUGUACGUGAGAUUCUGGAAGAGUUCUUUAGCAUAUGGGUUUACAAGGACAACCACUAUAUCCUAGAUGAUGCUGGAUUGAGUGCAAAAGGACUCCACGGGAAAAUGUCUUUGAGUAUUGAUGAGUACAUGGAAGCUGUUGAGCUGUACACCUUUGGAGUUCUUGGAAAAGAUGCAAACGACGUGGGUCUAGCCAUCUCAUGGGUUGAGAAAGCUGCAUUGCCUGAAGAAAGACGACAUGGACUUUUGAGAAGAUUGGAUUCUUUACUUUCUGUCAAAUCAGCAAACGUUCCAGAGGCUGCUUCCUUUGAGGAAAAUUCUUCUUAUGCUGUUGUGAAUAACAACAAGUCUUUGGCUAAUGAUGAGGUUGAUUAUGUCUUGAAACUCUCUAAGCAACAUGAACCGUGGUCAUCUCGUCCUCUAAGCCUUAGGCUUGGUAAUACCCGGUUUAGCAUGUCCAGGGGGAAAGUUGCCUUAAGCCUUGUUGGAUUAAUCAUAUGUUAUGCUUUGAAGAGAAAACGAGCUGCUUUAACACGGAUAAUUUGCAGACAAAUGGAGACCACGAAAAAAGCAGUUGUGGAUUUCUGGAAGCUUGCGUUUUCAUACCAAGUGAAUCCUCUUGCAGCUAUUCAAUCCAUACCAAGCACCACAACUUGA